ACACUCAACUCUCGAGCAUGUGUCUCCUUGGUCGUCUUUGAUAAAAAUGACUUUCCUUGUCAAGGGGAUCGGUCAUGUUUUUGGCAUUCGGAGUAGUUUACAAAAGAUUACUGCCUGUAAAAGAUCUUUAGCAAUUCUUGCAAAUACACAAAACUUCAGAAGUCACAGGUCAUCAGUAUGGCCAGUUCCAAGUCGAAGCAUGACUUCUCCAGUGACAAUGUUCACUGAUGAAGAGAUGAUGAUGAAAGAAUCAGUGGUGAAGUUUGCCAGGGACGUCAUCAGUCCACUGGUCUCCGAGAUGGAUGCCAAUUCAAGACUUGAUUCGACUGUAAUUAAAGGUCUUUUUGAGAUGGGAUUUAUGGGUAUUGAGACGCCUGUUGAAUAUGGCGGACCAGGUGCAAGCUUCUUUUCUGCUAACAUAGUUAUAGAGGAACUUGCUAAGAUCGACACAGCGGUCAGUACUAUGUGCGAUGUUCAUAAUACAGUAGUGACCACAAUGUUCAACCACUUUGCUUCCCAUCAACAAAAACUUAAAUAUAUGCCACGGUUAUGCACAGACAUGGUUGGCAGUUUUUGUUUAUCAGAAACAGAGUCUGGAAGUGAUGCAUUUGCCCUAAAAACAACUGCAAAGCUUGACGGGGAUCAUUACAUUAUCAAUGGGAGCAAGAUGUGGAUAACCAAUGCGGAACAUGCAGGAGUCUUCCUUGUUAUGGCAAAUGUAGAUUUACAAGCAGGUUAUAAGGGUAUCACAUCAUUUAUAGUGGAUGGUGAUACUGAAGGCCUAAGUAUAGGAAAACCGGAGAACAAACUGGGUAUCAGAGCUUCAUCAACCUGUCCAGUGCACUUUGAGAAUGUUAAAGUUCCAGUUGAAAAUGUACUUGGAGAGGUGGGUCAUGGUUAUAAGUAUUCAAUUGAGGUCCUGAAUGAAGGCCGUAUUGCAAUUGGAGCACAGAUGAUAGGCCUCGCUCAGGGAGUAAUGGAUGUUACCAUUCCAUAUGUGAUGGAGAGGAAACAAUUUGGAAAACCCAUAUGGACAUUUCAGGGCAUGCAGCAUCAAAUUGCUGAUGUUGCCACAAAGAUUGAAGCAGCAAGGCUUCUGGUGUACAAUGCUGCAAGGAUGAAAGAAGCUGGAAUACCCUUCGUAAAGGAGGCCUCCAUGGCCAAGUACUAUGCAUCUGAGGUAGCAACAUUGGCAACUUCUAAGUGCAUUGAAUGGCUUGGUGGUGUAGGCUUUACUAAGGACUUCCCAGCAGAAAAAUUCUUUAGAGAUUGCAAAAUUGGCUGUAUAUAUGAAGGUACAUCAAACAUCCAACUGAAUACAAUUGCAAAGCAGAUUGAAUUGGAGUUGAAAAGUUGAAAGAAAUUCUACCUUUGGCAUUUAUCAUAAUAUGGUAAUUGGUAGGAUAUUUCAAAAGUAUGUGUUUUUGAAAGGGUAAUUUAUGCUACUAUUAGAGGUCUGUAACAGUAAAAGGAAAUAUUCUUGUUAGUCUGUGUUGAGAUUGGUUGAGUCUAGACAUGCAUAAUACACACAAGGCCAAGCCUUUUUCUAUAUUUAUUACAGCCAGGGAAACUUCCUAGCCUUUCCAUAUCAUGUUUUAAUGACACCAUGCUGCUUUGACUAAUAUUUUUAUCUGCAGCCCAUUAGUAUUACCAUGAUUCUAAAUGAGGUUGUGGAGGGGGUGUUUAUUCAAAACGGGGCAUUCAUUUCAAUGCAUAUAUAUUAAAAGUUUUACCAUGAUUAGUCUAGUUUGAACAGCCCAGGAAACUUCUUUCAGGAAAACUUACCGAGACGAGUGGUUAGUUUAAUUGAGUGGAUUGUGCCCAGUAAAACUGACAAGGUUAGAUUUACUGAGCCAAAAAAACAUGUCUUAGUUAAACCCCUGAGUUAUUUAAGCAUUACUCAAUGGAUUAUGUCGCGGAUUAGCGUCCACAAUUCAGAGCUCAGUUAGUUUUACCGUUUCUCGCAGUAAAACUAACCAGAUCAAAAAAUCAAUGUGCGGACAGAGCCAAGAUUUACCUAUUUGGAUGUUACCCACGGUCUUGGUUGGUAAAAUCUUACUUUUUCUAAGUCCAAUGCGAUUGUGGCUUUACAAAAAAUAUAUGGAUUUGAAAGCAAUAUUGUUUCAUUACAAGGUCCUGAUACAUUAAUAACUUAUAGACCAAGCCUCCAACCAGGAGAAAAGUAUAUUUGGCAAGGACAAGCCAAACCAGUCACUCGAUUUUUCAUUACAGUUAUUCAUACAGGGUUACCAGUAAAAUGAGAGCUAUAAAAUCUGACAUUUCCUUAUGAAGUGUUUAAACAACAGCUGUUUAAAGAACAAUAUUUGAGAAUCAGUCUGCAAAUGAUUUCGGGCAUUUCUCACGCAGAAACCAUCA